AUGAAUCUGUUUGGUUUCAUGGCAGACCAGAAUGAAGAGAUGUCUGAAAUCAGUGAGUCCUUAGAAUCUGUGUCACUCACUGAUGCCUCAGCAGAGGAGGCCACACAAGGCUCUGAUGCUGACCUAGAGGUCGAAGAUCCUAAGAAGGCCUUUGCAGACAUUACGGGUGCAGAGCUGUACUUGGAAGCAUGCAGGCUGAUGGAGAUGGUGCCUGUCUCACACUUUAUUCAGAACUUGCCUUAUAUAAACCUGAACCACCAUGGUCUAGGACCCAGAGGUGUCAAAGCCAUUGCUAUUGCUCUGGUGUCCAACGCAACCAUCACCCACCUAGAGUUAGAAGACAACUGUAUUCUGGCAGAAGGAGCUGUAUCCAUAGCAGAGAUGCUAUGAGAGAAUUCCUCCCUUCAGGAACUUAACAUCUCCAAUAACCACUUAGAAGCAGGAGCUGAAGCCAUUGCCAGUUUGCUUAUGGAUAACAUGUCCUACCUUCAUGCUCUUCAGCUCUCAGGAAACAACUUUGGAGAGGACACUGCACCAUACUUCGCUGAGGCAUUAAUGGGCAAUUACCAAGUGAAGAAGCUGGACCUUAGCCACAAUGAGUUCUCUAAGCACGGAGGACAGCUCCUGGGACUGACACUCACCAGCAACACAACACUGGAGACUCUGGACCUCAGUUGGAACCACCCGAGGAGGAAGGGGAUAGUAGCACUGGGCACAGGUCUCAGGGGUAAUGAUGCACUGAAAAUACUCAACCUUUCUUGGAAUGGCAUUGGCAACAAGUGAGCACUGGCCCUAGGAGAAGCUCUCAAAGUCAACAACGCACUGGUUCACCUGAACAUCAGUAACACCCAAAUCAGCAAUGACGGAGACAAGAAGCUCUGCAGGGGCCUUGAAGUCAAUAGAAAUCUCAAAAUUUUGAAGAUGGCAAAUAAUUCCCUGACCAUGGAAAGUGCCACUGUGCUAGUCACAUCUGUCAGAAAGAACCCCAAAUCCAUGAUGGAGGAGAUCAACAUCUCAAAUGUGUUGGCAAAUGAAGCUUUCAUCAAGUUGCUGGAUGCAGUGUGUCAAAUGCAUCCUGAACUAGAUGUCAUCUAUGGUGAGGUCGAAGGAUUUAUCACUACAAUUCCCAAGCAACGUCCAAAUCCCAUGAAAGUGAUUCAGAACUACAUGAAAGAACACAACUUACAACUCUGGGACUUCUUUAGGAAUAUUGACAGGGAUGAUGGAAACAUGAAUAUCCCUAUGGCAGGCUUCCAGAGAGCCAUGAUGCAGCAACCAAACAUCCCACUGGAUCAAGUCCAAAUUGGGGAACUAGUGCACAAGCUAGACCAAAAUCGGACAGGGGUUGUGGACUCCAGUCACUUAAAAGAACAGAAGCUCUCACAAAAGCCUGUGGAGGGGGAAGUCAAGGAGCAAGAGAAGGAAGAGACAUAA